AACUUUGUGGGUGAAAAUGCCAGUUAUUACUUGCAAUAAACCUAUUGUGAUUCGAUGGUGUAAUUACAGCGAUAAAUGACUUUGAAAAUUUUUCGAUAUAAUUCAGCCGCAGACACUUGGUGAAAAUCGAGAAUUAGGGAGAAAAGAAGAAGAAAAAUUUCUGUACUUCGCGUUGACGAUGGCCAACGAAGGCGACGUUGGUUUUUUCGUUUUCUGCUUUUCAACGUUUCUAUUUGGCAGCGUUUCUUCAACAAGCGACAGCAAUAAUUUUUCUUUUGUUUCGUAUAUUUGAAAAAAAUAUUUAAAAACUUUUGAACGCGCGUGAAAAAUAGAAAAGUAAAAAAGUGCAAUAAAUGACUGUGAUAAAAAUAAAUAGAAAACUACAAAAUAAGACAAACGAAGAAUAAUAAUAAAAAAGUAUGCGAAAAAACCGCAUGUUAAAAGAAAGUAUUGUAAAUAGGAAGAUUUUUGGAAAAUUGUGAAAAAAAAGAUUCGAAGAAGUUGGAGUGUGAAAGGGAAUGAAAUGGAUUCAUUGUUUCCUGCUAACCAAGGCGCUUUGCAUAAUUGAAAUCGGUGGUACUGGACUUAUCUGUAAAUGAUGUGCAACUGCUAGAAAAUGUCCAGGAAAUGUCUGCUUUUUUUUACAUUGGAAAAUAAUCUCAAGCUAAAAGUUCUGAAUAAUUUUUGAAAGUAUUGAACAAUUAUUAUAUAGUUAAAAACAAACGCGGAUAACAUAUAAAGAGAGAGAAAAGGUGACGAUCGAAAAUUAGUGAAUGUUGAUUCCUCAAUUUAUAAAGGAAAGUGUGCAAUUAAUGCACUAACGCAACAAAAUCUUCAGAUGAAAAUCCCGAAUUCCCUAUAAGCAAACAAAAAAUCAUAUAUAUAAUUAAAAGUUUGUCGGAUAGACAUAUAUCUUCCUCCCACCAAAUUUGGCGGGGUGGAAAAACCUAUUUUGAUGCUAGCUUCAAACGGAUGAGCGUAAUUUCAUUUGGAGAGAGUGUUGAAACGAUUUGCAUCAUCGCACCAAAAAUCGAUCAACAGGCUCCGAAUUCACCACGUGCCACGUAAAUGCACUAAAUAUUUUAACUGCAACAAACGUGGAACAAAUAAGGAUUUGAUUUUUCACGUUGGAAAAAUCUGAUGGAUGGAAAUGCACAAAAUAUGUUUCACGGAAAUCACCAAGGAGACCCGUACUAUCGGUAUGAUCCCACCGCAGCAGCAGCAGCCGCAGCGGCGGCAACACCGCGUGCGAUGGGUCCUCCGGGCUCCUAUCCACCACGUCACCGGGCUCCGCAUCCGCUUCAGCAACAAGCUCAAUAUGCAACGUACCAACCGACGCCAGAUAACAUAUAUGGGCUCACGACUGCCGAUCAGCACAAUCUUGGUAUGAGCGAUUUAGGUGGUUGGGGUGCAGCACCAAGUCAGACCGGUGCCUACCCUGGUUCCGGUCUGAGUGCGUAUGGUCAUCCGCAGUCAGCACCUCCAACACAACAGCGGCAACCUACAGCGCAACCAAGCUAUCGCCAGCAUAUGCCCACCUACGGCCAACAGGAUCAACAGAAAUUGUCAUAUGCAUCGCAGCAAAUGGGCAUCAGUGGAUUGUUGCAGCAACCCGGCCCAAGUGUUAGUGCUGCAGGCUACGGCACUUUGUCGCAGACACAACAACCGCAGCAGCAGCAAGCGCCUACUCCACAGCAGCAACAACAAUCAAACCAGCCAACUCGUUUGCCCCAACAUUAUCCACAGGCCCCGAGCCAACAUCCACUAUACCCAGUUGCACCGGCAUCAACGGGGCAGGCAGGUUCGUCUGUACCGGUGCCAGGUGGUCCUCAAGGUUAUGCGCAUAGCCCCUAUGUCAACUCCAUGCAACAUCAGUCGAGUCGUGGUGCUCAACAUGUUCCCUAUGGGCACUUGGAUCAGACAAAUCCCUACGGCCAACAUGUGCCAACAUCAGGUGCACCAACCAGCGUACCAACGCAUCACUUAACCGCCCAGCAGCAGCAGGCAGGGCAGUUAAGCGCGCAUGGUUCAGCCCAUAUGGGACCAGGUAGUCAACAACAACAACAGCAGCAACAACAGCAACAGCAGCAACAAAAUCCAACGGGUUUACCGCAUGGUAGUAAUACUGGAACAAGUCAGCCAUCGUUACCCCCCGGCUUGGGUACGCCACAGCAGCAACAAUCCACUGCACACAUGUUGCAGAGCCAACAACAGACACAACAGAUCCAACAACAGCAGCAGCAACAAAAUCAUGUUGGUUUAAUACAACCGCCAAGUCAACAUCAGCAAUUGCCGGGUGCUGGGUUGCCUACACCUCAUAACAUAGGAGUUCCACCAAGUUAUAGCAGUCAUCAUCAACAGCAACAACAACAACAGAACCAGCAGCAGCCGAACAGUGUACAAAGCGUACAAUCCGCCGCCGCAUCGUAUUUGUCAUCAACUAAACAUCAGACCACGCCAUCACAACUGUCAUCGUCGCCACAAUACCGUGCUCCAUUUCCACAGCUUUCGCCACAAAUGUCACCAAGGCCACCAACAAUGUCGCCACAUCCGCAAAUGUCUCCGCGACCUGGAAUGUCGCCGGCCAAGCCACCACCACAGUCGCAAGCCCAAGCGCAAACUCAACAAGUGAAUUCACCCAGUCAACAACAGCCGUCGCAUCACAGCAUAUCGGGCAUGGUUGGCCUUACAUCGCCACGCCCACAACUACCAAAUACAGGACCACCAAGCUCAAAAGGUAACGGUGGCCCACCAGUUGUCAACACCCUACAGGCACUCGAGCAGAUGGUUAUGCCGACGCAGAGCGUCAUGUCUGGUCCAGGAGGUGUACCAAUGGAUUAUCCAUCGGCAUAUCGCCAGGCGUCUAGCCAUGCCACAAUGUCACCGAUGGGACCACGCAUGCCAGUUUCACCUCAACAUCACUUGCAGUGGAGUCCCCACUUGGGCUUGCCACAGUCACAAAACCCCACUGCAUUGAGUGUUAGCAGUAGCAUGAGUACACAGUCGCAGUUGCAGCACCAACAGCAACAAAUGAACUUGUACGCACAAGCACAGGGUAUGACUCAUCAGCAGCCACCGGCUGGACACCCAUCGGCGAUUGGAACUCCUCAGCAGCAACAGCCACCUCCACCGCAACAACAAACACAACCGCCGCAAUCACAGCCGCAGCCACAGCAUCAACAAUUGAACGAGCAAUUACAGCACUCGAUUAAUGAUAUUGUAGGCGGUGGACAUCAGCAUCAGCAACAACAGCAGCAGCAGCUGCAACAACAACAGUUACCAUCAAUGUCACCGAUGCAUGCGCAACAGCAGCAACAGGCUACAACAUCUACACAACAGCAACCGCAACAACAGCAAUUACACCAUCAACCACCCGGGCUGCCUAGCAUCCACCACAUAGGUCAUCAUCAAAUGUCACCAGCUACUGAUCAUACAACCGCUACACUUAUGAGCAGAAACACACCAAGUCAUGAUCCUACAGCUGGUGUGGUACCGACUUCUCAAGCACAGCAACAACAGCAGCCAUCGUCUCAUGCUCAGUCGCAGCUACAACAGCAACCGUCGCCACAUCAACAAUCUAUGCUCCAGCAGCAAUCACCCAGACUUCAUCCACAAUUAUCACCACACAAUCAGCCCCAACAACAACUGCAUCAAUCAUAUCAACAACAGCACAAUCAGCAGUUGCUUGGAGAUCCGUUUGCUGCGAUGCUGACGGCGACACAAGAUCCCCCAACUGGUUUGCAGUCUGCGCUACAGCAACAGCAGCUUUCACAGUUGGAGCCACCACCCUCGCAAACGCAAACACAGUCGCAGCCACAGGCUCAGCCACAGCCGCAACCACAACAACAACAACCAUUACUACAGCACCAACAGCAGCAAGCACAGCAGUUGCAACAACGUGAACUACAACAGCCAACGACGCAAUUAGUUAUGUCACCAGCACAUGCUUCGUCACCAUUAGCUGUUACUCCAAAUGUUGCCACACAACAACAACAACAACCACCGUUGGCAAUUCAGCAGCAACAACCACAACCACAACAGCCUACAACUCCUUCACACCAUUUGGCUAGCAUUCUUAACGAGACUGCAAAUUCGAACGACUCUUCUACAUUAGCGGUAGCAGCAAACGACAGUAACAAUAGCAGCAGUAAUAGCUCGACCAACAGCAUAGUCAACAAUCAGCCCACCUCAGUGCAUGAUAGUAAUUCACAAAGUUCAAUUAACAGUAGUAAUAAUCAGCAACAAUCAUUGUCAGGGAUUGAUAGUAUCGGCAAUGCGGCGUUGAACAGCAAUUCGAAUUCAGCCACGGCUACAGCACACGGCGGACUUCUAGACAGCGCUGGCGCAAGUCUUUUCGACAACAACUCAAUGUCUUCAACAAGCGCCGCUGUAGCAGCAGCGUCCUCCGCCGCUUCAGCUGCCGCCGCAAUGCUAGAUAGCAAUUCCCAAUCCUCAUUUAUCGGCGCUGUCGCGAGUGUUAAUGAGUUCGAUAGUGCCAGCAAGCUACAGCAAAAGAUUCAGCAAAAUAUUAGCACUGCCGAAGAAGCACCGGCACAGCAACAAUGUGCGGAUAUUGCUUCCGCGCAGUCAACUGAUAUCGGUUUCAAAACAAAUGACCCAGUUACCGAGGUUGCAAAAACAACAGAAGAGGAAAUAGUACCCGGUAAUUCCUGCAAUACUGCUACUGCAGUCGGCGCAGUAGUUGAAGAAACAAUAAAAUCGUCGGAUGUCACUUUGCCAGAUGUGCUUCUGGAGCAAGCGAAGUGUUCGGAGGAGACGUUGUCUGCUACAGAAACGGAGCAACAAAUAAUAGUAUCUGAGCAAACGACAGCACAGCCGCUCCAACCUUUAUCCGAACAAACUAAAUCGCAGCCGCAGUUGCCUUUAGCGCCGACAACAACUCCUGGUGAUACCAUGACUCAGAUAACUGCUGUACAGAAUGUGACGACGGUUAUAUCAAAUACUCAACCACAACCACUGUCCCAAUCUCAGCCACAAAUUGCACCAAUGUUGCCACCAAGCAUGCUGCCACAUCAUCCAAUGGCUAACACACCUGGAAUGACUGCUAUGGGUUAUGAUGGUACUCAACAAAUAAUGUUACCUCCAUAUGGUCCACCAGUGCCACCGCCCGGCCACAUAUAUCCUUCUUAUCCAAUGCUGCAUCAACAAGAAAUUGCUGCUUUACAACAGCAGCUGCAAGAAAUGUAUUGCAUGCCACCGACGGGGCCCGAUCACCAAGAGAAAAUUGUUCGCUUGCAAGAACGUUUAAAUAUGUUGCAGCAACAUGAGGUGAAUGACCAAUGUGCAAGCGGUGGACCGCAAUGUGUACUCUACCAGAGUGGUAGCGUGCCUCCGAUAUAUGGCGGCAGCAGUGUGCUCCACAGCCAAAUGAUGGUGGAGAGUCCACAAGUUUCGAGCACUACUGGACGUGGUCGCGGAAAGGGCGCAAACAAACCACGCAAACCACGCACUAAAAAAGGGGAGAAGGCUGCUUUGCAACAAUCACAGCAACCUACCUGCGAUAUUAUGGAUAUAAGUGGCAACGUUGUGCCCUCACAUGUAAUUCCUACCACCCAAUUGCCUGUGUCCGAGGAUUGUGUGACACAAGGCGCCGGUGACACAUCGGUAGUAGGAAUGCUUGAAUAUAAUGAAGGAAGUGGCGAUCACUCGCAAGAUAUUGUGCACUCAGCUAAUGAACUGGAUACGUCCACAGAUGACGCGGGCAAGAAGAAGAAACCCCGUAAGCCACGUGCACCUAAGGAUCCAAACAAACCACCGCGUGAUCGCACUCCUAAGGCAAAAAAAGUAAAAGAUGGUGAGCUUAACUCAAGUGAAUCACUUGCUUCCAUACGCAGGCGCAGUGGUGCCAAAAAGAAAAAGACCGGCGAAGAGGAAGAAAAGGCCGAUGGCAGUGAAGCUGAGGAUAACAAACCUCUUUCUGUUUGUAAGUCAGAUGCUGCAGAGCAAAGUGGUAAUGCUCUUAAUGAAAAUGGUGAGGGUGCAAAUAAGCCCGAAACUACAACAUCGGAUGAACCUGGUCUUGAAUUGAAAGCUACCAACAUAGACGGUGAAGCGCCAGAUUACGACGAUAUACCGGUUUCAAAAAUACCUACAACGCGGGCGAACGCUGAUGAUGAAAAGUCUACGGAGGCUGGCGAUGAGACUGUGGACUCAGUGCCUGAUUCUGCAGGCGACGCCACAACAACACCAAGUCGGCGAAGUAAGAAACGUUCGGGUGGACGUAAUCGUGGUAAUAAUAGCGAUGACGCGACGUAUACAACUCGUCGUAGGGGUACACUCUCUGCAAGGGCGCUUAAAAAGCGCCGUAAUCGGGGAAGAAUUGUACCCGAAUCGGACGGUGAAGAUGACACUCUGGCAAGUACGCCACCGCCGUCGCCACCACCCGACUCCGAAACGGAUACGAAUAAGCGACGCUCUUCCCGAAACACCCAGCGAAAGAAGUAUAUUGAUGAUGUAAUGCUGCGAUUUUCAGAUGACGAUUCGUCCCUGAUAACAUCUCCAGUUAAGAAAGAAAAGAAGGGAUCGGCUGCGGUAGCAGCAGCUCCUGUGACAGGUGUAGCACCACAGAUUUCUGAUGCAGAGAAGGUGGACACAGGUGCAGUAAACUUGGGAGCUGAUGGUGAAACUGUUGGAAGCGAAGAGAAAGCAGUAUCAGGUGAAGUUGAAGAUGGAACUGCAACGGAGGCGAGUUCUAGCACGGCGACAGAGAAGGACAAAUCAGUGCUAGAGGUUCUACCACCAAUAUCUUCUAAACCCAACUAUGUAUAUAUUAAUACUGGAGAUGAAGACAGCAUGGUUGUACAAUACGUGUUGGCGGUUCGUAUGGGCCGACGAGAAUUAAUACCGGACCCACCUUCAGAACAGCUCAAAGGAGAGGAAAAGAAGAUACAAGUAAAUAAAGAAGAGACGCAUGAAAGCCACGAAAAGUCUGAGGAGACUAAUGAAAAUAAAGCAGAGGAAGAAUUGAAAGAAGAGAAAGAAGAAUUCGCGGAAAAAUCAAAAAUGGAGGUGGAUGAUGAUAAAUUGGAAAAGGAAAGUGAAAAGAACGAAUGCCAAAAGAAUAAGGGUAUCCAAAAUCCAGCGGACCCCGAAGUGGAGUCUGAGAAAAUGAAUAUCGAUGAAAAUGAGCAAGCCAUGCCUGUUGCCAAAUGCGACGACGGCGAAGUAGAAGAAACUGAAAGUGAAGAGCCGGAACGGCAGUCUGAAGAAAACACGUUUUCUAAGGAAUUAGAAGUUAAAAGCAAUGAAAAUAAAGGUGAUGAUGUACCUAUCAAAAAUGCUGACCAAGAGAUAAAGGAAGAAGAUAGCAAAGACAAAGAUGGAUCUAUAAAAAGUAUUGUUGACAAGUUAGAUGAAACGGAAAUGUUUAAUGCAGUGGUAAAAAAUGAAGGAGAUGUAGAGAAUUUGAAGAAAGUGGAAAAUAUGGAUGUUGAUGAUGAACCUAAGAUUGAAGAGGAUACAGGCGUAGUGACGGCUAAAGAGGAAUCAGAGGAGAAUAAAACAGCUUCAAAAGAUAGUGACAACGUUUCUAGGUCCGAAAAGGAUACAACUGUUGAUGAAGGCAAAUGCAAAGGUGAUGAAAAUAAUAAAGAGGAGGACUACAAAGAUAAGAAAGGUAACACUGAUAACAAAGAUAAAGAUGAAGAUAAUAGCAGAGACGCCGAUUCGAGCUCAUUUAAACCAGAUCCUGUGUACAUUGACGUGGAGGAAUAUUUCGUGAAAUAUCGAAACUUCUCGUAUCUUCACUGCGAGUGGCGCACUGAAGAGGAACUCUUUAAAGGAGACCGUCGAGUAACUGCUAAGAUUCGUCGCUUCCAGCAGAAGCAAGCACAACAAAUGAACAUCUUCGAUAGCAUUGAAGAAGACCCCUUCAACCCCGAUUUUGUUGAAGUCGACCGCGUGCUGGACAUGUCUGUCCACACAGAUGAAAACACGGGCGAAACCACGAAGCACUAUUUAGUGAAGUGGAAGUCCUUGGCCUACGAAGAUUGCACAUGGGAGUUGGAAGAAGACGUGGAUGCAGAUAAAAUUGAGCAAUAUAUGCGUUUUAAUAAAUUACCACCACGCCCCGAGUGGAAGAACAAAAAACGUCCACACCCUGAGCAAUGGAAAAAACUAGAAAAGACCCCAGUUUAUAAGAGUGGCAACACUUUACGUCCGUACCAAUUAGAAGGUUUGAAUUGGUUAAAAUUUUCUUGGUAUAACUCGCACAAUUGUAUCUUAGCUGACGAGAUGGGCUUAGGAAAAACUAUACAAAGUUUAACAUUUGUACAUUCGGUGUAUGAAUACGGCAUUCGCGGUCCUUUCCUCGUUAUUGCACCAUUAUCAACUAUUCCAAAUUGGCAGCGCGAAUUCGAAGGUUGGACCGAUAUGAACGUCGUCGUUUAUCAUGGAUCAGUAACAAGCAAACAAAUGAUACAAGACUAUGAAUUUUAUUAUAAAACUGAAAGUGGUAAGAUACUAAAAGAGCCUGUUAAAUUCAAUGUACUAAUUACGACAUUCGAAAUGAUUGUGACUGAUCACAUGGAUUUGAAAUCGUUCAAUUGGCGGUUAUGUGUAAUCGAUGAGGCUCAUCGUUUGAAGAAUCGAAAUUGUAAAUUGCUUGAGGGGCUGAGGCAAUUAAAUUUAGAACACCGUGUACUACUGUCUGGCACACCUUUGCAAAAUAACAUAAGUGAACUAUUUUCACUAUUGAAUUUCCUCGAGCCGAGUCAAUUUUCUUGUCCUGAUGACUUCAUGUCGGAAUUCGGUAGUUUGCGUACCGAAGAGGAAGUGAAUAAAUUGCAGGCUUUAUUGAAACCAAUGAUGUUGCGACGUCUCAAAGACGAUGUAGAAAAAUCGCUUGCUCCAAAGGAGGAGACUAUCAUCGAGGUAGAACUGACAAAUAUACAAAAGAAAUACUAUCGUGGUAUUUUGGAACAGAACUUCUCUUUCCUAAAGAAAGGUACAACCUCGGCGAACAUACCCAAUCUCAUGAACACAAUGAUGGAGUUGCGCAAAUGUUGUAUACAUCCAUAUCUUUUGAAUGGUGCCGAAGAGCAGAUACAAUACGAUUUUCGAGCGCAACAUGGUGAUGAUCCCGAGUCGUACUACAAAAAUCUUAUACAAUCAGCUGGUAAAAUGGUGUUAAUUGACAAAUUGUUGCCAAAACUAAGAGCGAAUGGGCAUCGGGUGUUGAUUUUCAGUCAGAUGGUGCGCUGCCUCGAUAUCUUGGAAGACUAUUUAGUAUAUAGAAAGUAUCCGUUUGAACGUAUCGAUGGUCGCAUACGUGGAAACUUGCGUCAAGAAGCUAUCGAUCGCUACUCUAAACCCGGCUCUGAUCGUUUUGUCUUCUUGUUGUGCACUAAAGCCGGUGGUUUGGGCAUUAACUUGACUGCCGCCGAUACAGUUAUUAUUUAUGAUUCGGAUUGGAAUCCACAGAACGAUUUACAAGCGCAAGCGCGUUGCCAUCGUAUCGGUCAGCGUAAAAUGGUAAAGAUUUAUCGUUUGCUUUGCCGAAACACUUACGAACGUGAAAUGUUCGAUAAGGCUUCACUUAAAUUGGGAUUGGACAAAGCGGUGUUGCAAUCAAUGAAUACCCAAAACUCCAAGGACGGUAGCAAUCGGCAGCUUUCAAAAAAGGAAAUUGAAGAUUUGUUGCGAAAGGGCGCUUACGGUGCUGUGAUGGACGAUGAUAACGCCGGAGAUAAGUUUUGUGAAGAAGAUAUCGAUUCGAUUUUGAAACGACGCACACAGGUUAUUACAAUGGAAUCUGAAAAGGGAUCAACUUUUUCAAAAGCUUCAUUUGCUGCAUCUGGUAAUCGAUCGGAUAUUAAAAUCGACGAUCCCGACUUCUGGACAAAGUGGGCUAAGAAAGCGGAUAUUGAUCCGGAUGCUUGUGAACGUGAUGAAACCGAAGAUCUCGUGUUAUCUGAACCUAGAAGGCGUACACAAAUUAAACGCUAUGGCCAUGAGGAUGUUAUGGAAAUUAAUUCAGAUGACUCUUCCAAUGAGAACAGUGACGAAGAGGGAGGCAUAAGUUUGCGUUCAAGACGCCGCAAAGAGAAACGAAUGCGUGAGCGAGAACGUGAAAAAAAGACGAGCAUUAAUGAUGAGUACAUACCAAGGGAACGUGACGCCUUGGCCUCCCUAGGCUUGGAUGAAAUACAGUACGGCAAUUGGGCCAAGUCUGAAUGCUUUAAGGUCGAGAAGGGACUUUUAUCAUUCGGCUGGGGUCGUUGGCCUGAAAUUCUUGAAUUAGGACAAUUUAAACGUGGUUGGCGUGAAAUGGACGUGGAAGACUGCUCCAGAAUAAUUCUGCUCUAUUGCCUGCAAGUUUAUAAAGGUGAUGAGAAAAUAAAAAAUUUCAUUUGGGAUCUGAUUACUCCGACUGAGGACGGUGAGGUGCAGAAGAUCAGCAGGGAUCAUAGUGGCCUACAUAAUUUGGUGCCACGAGGUAGGAAUGCAAAAGGUCGGAAUGGCGGAAAAGCACAGAAAGAAAUUGCGAAUGCGGCUGCAGCUGCAGCGGCUGCCGCUGCUAUAACAGCUACUCAAACUGCAAAAACCGAGGGUGAGAAGGAUGCUGGAGCCAGUACAAGCGCCGCCACAUCAGCCACAGCAUCACCAACUAAUGCCAACACUCCACCGAUGAAUAUAUCAACACCGAUAUCAACUUCAAAUCCAAAUGCCAGCGCCAGUCAAAAUGCGCUCACCGAUCCAAAUCACUGGAGCAAGCAGGAGAAAUUCGAUGCGGAUGCAUUUUUGGAAUGUGCUUAUAAAAAGCAUUUGAGCAGACACGCGAAUAAAGUCCUUCUGCGCGUACGUAUGCUCUAUUACAUUCAACAUGAGGUGAUUGGCGACUUAGUGCAACAAAUCAAAGAUAACACACCCGUCAGCGAGCUCCCCAUUCGCCCGCCUGCAACGCCAGAUCAAGUGCCAGCAUCAUGGUGGAAUCCCGUAUGUUGUGAUAAGAGUCUUUUGGUCGGAACAUACAAGCAUGGAUGUGAAAUGUACCGUCAGAUACGUGCCGACCCGAACUUAUGUUUUGUGGGUCAUGUUGGUGCCGGUGAUGAUACGGCAGUGACGAAUUUGCCGACCAGAAACGAAGACGAUGCAAACUCGAAACAUGAAGAUACAGAAGAAAUUGACGAUGAUGGCACAACAACCAAAGACUCGGAUUCCACCAAACUAACAGCAGGCGACAACAAAGACUCACUCGAUCCAGAGCGACCUAGUUCAUCGGGUAAGAGCAAAAAACAGGCGAAAAGUGAAGCCGCUGACGUUGGUAGUGUUGGUGUCAUCGCUGCGAACCCUGUGGCUCCUGUCGAUGGUACCGCCGGCACAGCUAAUAAGGAUCAGACAGUUGAAAAAGAAACGGAACAAAUAAAAGAGUCUGAAGAAAACCAGGCAAAUGUCGAAAACUUUGAUAAUAUUAAAAACUCUGGAAACCAAGAUAAAUCAGAAAAAUCAGUUGCAAUCGAACAUAAAUCAAACGAAACAAAUGAUGCAGAUGCAGAUGCCUCCGUUGAGGAUGUUGAAAAUGAAUCGACAGCAAUGGUAAUAGAUGGUGUUUCGUCAUCCACCCCAACUGAGGCAUCAACAACAACUGCACCAGUUGGGAUGGAAACAAACGAAACAAUAGCUGAGGCUAAAUUGGAGAUUGAUACUGAUGCUACUACGACAACUACUGUUGCCAUUGCUGGUGGAGAAUCAACUUCAGCUGAUACAACGGCGCCCUCAGCAUCGACGUCGCCUACACAAAGUGGUGAUGGCUCUACUCAAGCCACCAUUGCUCAGAGUGAAGCUGAUUGUGAAAUGAAGUCAGAAAAUAAAACUGAAACUGAAAGCGAGCUGUCCAUGCUGGUCGGUGCUGUCGAUAGCGCAACAGCCACCAACACAAGUACUACCGCCACCGAACAUGCUGCAAGCAAUAAUCGUACUGCAGCUACCGCUUCUAUUACAACACCCACUCCUACUUCUAAUACUUAUGAACACACGCAAAAUGACACUCUUAAUUCGACCACCGUAGGCUUAGAUGAAGAAGAAAGUGUUGCAAGUAGUUAUCCGCCGACGACUAUGGCAGUUGAUGAUGCCACAAUGUGGCCAUCUAUGCAAGAUUUGAAUACGCGUUUGAGGCGUGUCAUAACGGCGUACCAACGCAAUUAUAAGAAAGAAGAGUUGAAACAGCAACAGAAAGCCAAGCUGCAAGCAUUGGUAUCGUCAACACCGCCAUUAUCGGUGCCCACUACGCCGACCCUACAAUCCAUGCAAAUGCAGAUGCAAAAUGCUGCUGCCACUGCUGCUGGCGGCGGCGGCGGUGGUGUCAGCGCGGGAGGAACCUCUCAACUACAGCAGCCGAAUGCAGUCGAGCCGGGCAAUCGUAGCCUGCAAUCACUGAUCCAACAGAAUAAUAAUAUCCCUGGCGGCAGCGGCGGUGGUGUUGGUGGUGGAAGACAAACUCCGCAACAGUUAUCAACAGGUGCCAGCACAUCAGCCGCUGCCGCGGCUGCAGCAGCUGCAAAUACCUGCUCUAAUGUUGUUAACGUACCGAAUAUUGUUGGUCAAGCCAUGUCAAGUGGUGGUGGUCAGCAUCAUUCUCAACCGCUUCAACACCCACAGCAUACGUCACAGCCGCAAAAACAACUUGGAAGUCAACAACAGCAGCAACAUCAAAUGCAACAGCACCAACAUCAAACUAUUGCUCAUCAGCAGCAACAGCAACAACAACAGCAGCAGCAGGCAGCAGCAGCAACGGUUGCAGCACAGAUGCCCACUGCCGCUGAUAUUGGAUUAAUGUUGAGCUUCUUAAAUACAACCGAUGUCAGUCAGUUGGCUAAUUUGGAUCUGAAUAAGCUGGCCAUGUAUUUGGUUAGUAUGAACAAUAAAAUGGAGCGGCAAGGCAAAAUGGAAUUGGCAGCUAAAGAACGGGAGAGUCAGCGUCUCCUGCAAAUACCGAAAAAGUGGAAUAGACGCGAAGAAUAUGAAUUUUUGCGCGUGCUAACCGGCUAUGGUGUAGAUCUUCAGCCACCCACCGCUUUGGGCAUUAUUUUGGCACCAGAUUGGACCAAGUUCAAGCAAAUGGCGCAUUUGGAACGUAAAAGUGAUGAGACGCUAAGUGAUUACUACAAGGUAUUCAUAGCAAUGUGCAAGCGUAAGGCUGGCAUCAAACUUAACGAUAAUGAACGUGGCCUCGAAGGGAUAAUCGAAGAAAUUAGCGAGGAUCACGCAAAAUUAAUAUUAGAGCGACUGGAAUUGCUGUCGAAAUUGCGCGAAGUAGCCCGGCAUCCGCAAUUAGAGGAGCGUCUGAAGUUGUGUCAGAUGAAUGCAGACACACCUGAUUGGUGGGAACCUGGUAAACAUGACAAAGAGAUAAUAUCGGCCGUGUUGAAACAUGGUCUUUACCGUUCGGAAACGUUCAUUUUUAAUGAUCCAAGUUUCAGUUUUGCUGAAUCAGAAAAGCGUUUUAUACGUGAAUUGGAAGCACAAAUUCAGCGUUCAAUAAAACUAGAGUCUUUUAACGCGGAUCGCUUGCCAUCGGCGGUACCAACUGUGAAGGGUGAGGUAAUUGAUCUGGAUGAUGAGCUACUCACAAAAGACAGUCUCAUCAAAAAAGAGCAAUUUACAUCAGUGAAAGCAGAAGUAAAAACUGAGAAGUCAGUAGAUGUUGCUGACAAACUCACCAGUGACAAAGGUAAGACAGAUACUGAGCCUUGUGCGGUUUCAGAGGAGCUAAGUGAUAAAAAGACUGACCGACAAAAUGAAUCCAAUGAAGAUUUAAGCUUAAGGAAUGCUUCAACAGUAAAUAAAGAACCGACUGGUCUAGGCUUAAUGAAUGAAUCCAAUACCGAAGGCAAAGAUUCCAAUCUAAUACACGAGAUACCAAACUUUGAUACAAAGAGUACGAAUUUGAGCUCAAUUGAUAAAUCUGAUGAAGGCGUUUCUUCUAAGGAGCUUUCCGAAAUUGACGCCGAGCAAAUUGUGGAAAAGAAGCCCAAAGACGGUAGUGAAAAAAUGGACGUAAGCGAAAGUGCCGUCGAGAAAAAAGACUUGGACGCUGGUAUUGCUGUUGUUGAUAAUGAAAAGUCUAAAGAACUGAGCGCAUAUAACGAUGCCGAUAAGGUCGGCGAAAAAAUUCCAACUGCGGAGAAGUCGGAAGUUGCAAGCAAGAUAAAUGGCACUCCAACCGAUGAACUAGAAUCAAAUGUAGAAAAGGAGUCAUGCGAAGACGCAAAAUUAACAUGUCCUGCAAAUGAGAGUGACAAAAAUAAAUCAGAUGAAAGUGAAGACGAAGUUGUUACAAAGAAGAAUGAAUUAAGUAAAGGCAGUGAAUUGUCUUCUAAGGAAGAUUCUGAAAGUACAAAGCCAAACGCAGAAGAAUCGAUCUCGAAAGAUGGAAGUGCUGUUGCAGACGCAGCAGAUGAAAAUCCAAAGUCCACUGCCGAUGAAGAAAUACUCGAUUUGGCCGUAGCCACAACAGGAGCCACUGAUCCUGAUGAUGAGGAUGUCAUGAAAGAAAAGGAAAAAGCAGUUGAAGAAGAGUGCAAGAAGCAAGCGGCUGAAUUAAAGGCCCGUUUCCCCGACUUGGAGGUCAUUCAACCCUCCACCGUGAAGCAAAAGCAGGAUAAACCCAAAUUAGAAAUGUGCAUGAUACGCUGGUUCAAAGAUUUCGCUCUUGAACGAAGAAUUGCGCACAUCGUUAUCUGUGUGGAGACGAACAAAUGGACAGUAAAUAGAAAUUAUACCGCGUUUGCCGGCUGCAAGGGCAUUGAUCUUAAUAUUUGCCUGCAUGAGGCUAUACCACAUCUGAAAAAUAUCGAGCGGCCGCCAUCGACCCCUGAUGUAAUCACUAUAACUACCGAACUGGGUGUUACAAAACAUUUGCAGACAUCACAAAUGCCACAGGUCGCUGGUACUGUACCAGCUUCACCACUUCCCGUCACAGCUCCGCCCGCUGUUAGCACUAAUAUUGCCCUUGGGCUGUUACCGCCGCCAACAACUGUCGCCGGUGUUAAUAGCUCAGGUAAAGGCAUUAGUAACAUGAGCGUUCCACCAUUGGAUGCUAACAGUAUAAAUGCCGCAGUUGCAGCUGCAGUCGCAGCAGCUGCCGCUGGCGGAAAUAAUUCAAAUUCAUUGUCUGCGAAUACGCUAUCAGCACUGUUGCCAGGAAUGACCAUGACACCAGCCUCAGCUGCCGCGACGACAGCGUUGAACGCCACUGCGCCGGUGGCACAGCCAGUCAAUAUGCCAAACAGUGUGCCGGCUCCUCUUCCACCAGCCACACAAAGUAUAGGCAAAAAACGAAAACGCCAUAUAGCAAUUGACGUUGAGACUGAGCGAGCUAAACUGCAUGCGCUGCUGAAUAGUUCACAAAAUAUGGGUCUAAAAGAUUGGGAGACUGAAAUCGCAAAUAUGGAACCAUUGGCUGCUACUGCACAACCAUCUGGACGUCGCAGUGCUUCGUCUGUUUCACCAGCAGCACCUACAGCGUCCGCUACAAGUAUGCCAUUACAACCGCCACCUGCACAUCAGCACGCAUCACUUGCACGGCAGUCAUCUGGCCAAUUCAGCAAGCCGGCAGUACCACCACUUAAAACGCCACCAACGUCCAUUAGUGGACCAAUGGACUUGUCUUCAAGCCUACCACGAAUGAACAUGACAGAUAUGCUAAAAUCUGCUUCUAACGUUUCCGGUGCCAUUGAUUUAAGUGAAGUACAGGAUUUUUCAAUGCCUUCAAAGAAGUCGUCUACAUCGCAUUUACAAGCUUCCCUGAGUUCCGCUUUUCCAUCUAUGGGCGGCAAAGGCAAACUGGAUGAUACUCUGAACAAAUUAAUGAAGAAAAAUAAUUGCACUAUUGAAGAACCCGUUAUUGGCAAAGAGAAGAAACGUAAGAAGCUAGAUGAAAUCGUAUUGGGUCUAUCAGCUGCCAAGGAACAGAAAACUUUCCCUGACCCAUCUUUGCCGUCGUCGAAGAAACCACAAAUACCACCGAGCGUAUCGGUAACUCCUGCUAGUCUGCCGACUUCAGUAUCAAAUCAAAAUCAGCAAAAUCAAAAACCGUUCACUAUCACUGUUACGACAGUGCCCGGAAAGUCCAAAUCAGGUGGAAAUGUUUCAAUGCCUUCCCCAGCGCCUGUACCCUCUACAUCGAGCAGUGGAUUGCCAUUGAUGAGCGGUUCUCUGUCCUUAAAAGACAUUAAUGCUAUCGUUGCCCAAACCAUGGCUUCAGAUCCGCAAACUCUGCUUAAGCAACAACAAAAGAUGAUGCAAUGCUUACCCCCGGCGCAACGCAAAGCCUAUGAAGCUAUGCUGGCCGAAAUGGAACAAGCUAUGAAGUUGAGCGCUAAAUAUAACGUGCCUGACUUGAAGGUGAAUAAGUGGCUGACAGACAUGACCACGCCACUCACAGAUCAACUGAAUAUGGAUUUCGGUAACUCUGCGGCCAGUACCAGUACCAAUACAAACAGUCGACGUUCGAAUCGGCAACAAAGUAGUAAUUCGGCACAUCAGGCGUCUGUCUCGCAAAUGAACAAAGCGGCUGGCUCACAAUCUGCACAAUCCCAUGCACAACACCAACAACAGGCAACAAUGGCUGGCCCACAAGGACUGACUGGCGAGGAGCCCGUGCCUGUGGUCAAUAAACAAACCGGCAAGCGUAUUUCUGGUAGCAAAGCCCCACAACUGAAGCGUCUGAUGCAAUGGCUGACUGAGAAUCCUGCUUACGAGGUCGAUCCCAAAUGGUUGGAACAAAUACAAAAUCCAAUGUCUAUUCCAUCGCCAAAACUUAGUUCGAUGGAUACUAGUAAUUAUGCAUCGACAAGUAAAUCAUCACACGGAGGUCGACCAUCAUCAACUUCAAGCAGCUCGUCAUCAGGAGCUCAUGCACAACAACAACAAUCUUCAUCCACACAAUCGUCACCAGCUCCAUCGCCCACUGUGUCUUCCAAGAAGUCUUCACGGCAAUCGGCUAUCGAUCAAGCGAAUGCCGCCAUGCAAUUUGGGACAUUGGCUGGAUUGAACCCAAAUAUUUUGGCCAGUUUGCCUGGACUAGGUACAUUUGAUCCAAAGAAUCCACUUGGCGCCUUCGAUCCAAAGAACCCGUUGUUAUCAAUGCCGUUUGCCGGCAUGCCUGCUAUGGGGAAUAUACCUGGACUGAAUAAUUUGAACAGUAUGAAUUUGUUUGCUAGUUUGGCUAGUAUGGGAGGCCUUGGUAAUUUGGCGACGAUGGAUCCGCAAACACUGGCUACUUUAAUGGCUGCUGGAUCGGCGUUGGCAGGUUUGGGUGGAACGAAUACUAACACUGGGAAUUCAGGCACCGGUAAAAAUUCGCAAUCCGGUGGGUCAUCCAGCAAGAAAAAUAAAAAUGAUGCACAGCAAAAUGCUAUGAACUUGGGUGCUUUGGCGGGCAACUCGGGCAAUAGUGGUAAUUCUGGUAGCAGCAUUGGAGGCUCGUCAAAUAAAAACGCCAACGCUGCAGCUGCUGCAGCAUCACAAUUGACAGGCUGUUUUCCGUACCUGUUCCCCAAUCCGUCGUUACUUUAUCCACCAAUGGGCCUUGGCAGCUUGAAUCCAUAUUCGCUGGGCUCAUCGGGACUUGGCUCAGCUUAUGAUCAGUUGGCACAACAGUACAACUUAUUGAAUGGUGGUGCAGGAGUAACUUCAUCGGCAGGCAGUUCCUCCACAACGCAGUCGAAGUCUCAUCAAUCUCAAUCGAAAUCAAGUAAUUCGCGUUCAUCUACGUCGUCGUCAUCCUCAGCUGCUUCUGUGGCAAAUCUUAUGAAUGUAAUGGCGAGUAUGGGAACGGCUGGUCAACCACCAACUAGCGUAAGUAGCUCUCAAUCGUCAUCACGUAGCAGCGGGCGCCAAUCAGCGGCCAGUCGGGCUGCCGCCCAGGUAGCUGAAAUGGCACAGCUCUCGAGUCUGCUAUUGCCGGGCACGGAUCCACAUUUGCUUGAGUCUCUCAGUCGCAUGGAUUUAGCACAGAGUACACGCUUACUGAGUUCAUUAGGAAUCCCACAAAUAAAUGCGCCAUCACCACAAUCAUCUUCUAGUGACAAACGCUCGUCCAACAACAAUUCAGCUGCGUCGAUCGCUGCUGCACAAGCGGCUCAGGCAGAAAAGCAAGCUGCCAAAGAGCAGCAAAAAUGGAUGGAGAGCUUAGCGCGAAGUCAAUUGCCAACAGAUUUGGCCACAUUACAGGCUUUUUCACAAGGCAAAUUCCCUGCCUCACUAACUGGCGGUAGCCAAACGACUUCCACGUCUUCGUCGGCGUCAACAUCGUCGGCUUCGUCGAGCAAGAAUGCCUCGAAAGCGGCAGCUGCUGCCCUAGCUGCACAAUUACCGCAAAUACUUGGUCUACCAAGCGACUUUGCACCAGCGAUGAUCGCCGAUAUGGCACAAGCGUUGACCGCUCCUGGUUCGUUGGCAAGUUUGGCGGGCUUGACUGCGCCACCUACCAGUAGCGCGUCAUCUAUGGGUGGCGGUAGCGGCAGCAGCAGCAGCACUUCGAGUUCCUCGAAACGCCAACGAGGUGGCGCCGGCGGUGGCGGUGGUAGUAGUAGCAACAUGAUUGACCCGGAUGCCUUGACCAAGGAUGCCUUUAAACAACAAAUGGAAUACUAUACGAAAACUUUAGGACUCGGAUCUGGCAUCUCUCUAAUACCCACCUCAGUUGCAACGAGUAUGAGCACCAGCGGUGUGUCCAAUUCAAUUUCUAAUGCCCAAAUUGAUGAUCAUCACAAAUCUAAGCGUCCAAGAAUUGAUUCACAUGCCGCAGCGUUAGCAAGCGCUAAAGAUGAAUUAUCCGCUGCUAUGCUAGCUAGUGGGCUACCACUAAAUCUUGGCGGUGGCAUGACCAGCAUAGAGAAGAGCUUAAGGAGCGUUAAUGUCGGUAUGGGUGGUAUGGGUGGUAGUGGUGGUGGUGGUGGCGCUGCGAUGCCCGAGGCCGACAAAGUCACACUGACACCGUUAAACUCCGCUGGCAUUGCGGCUAACCUACCAUCGCAGACCACCAUUACCAUUGCACCACCGAUAAGCUCCGGUGCCAGUUCCAGCAGUGAGCGCUCUGAACGUAGUGAAUCGCGCAUUUCGUUGACAAUCACAAAUGCUGCUGACGCAGCUAAAUUGCCACCACCGUAUGAGGAAGCGGACGAGCUAAUAAUACAGCCAAUACUUAAGAAGCCACAAAACACACCAACUUCGACUGUCCCAAGUGUGGCAUCAAGCAGUCAUGGUAGUGUAGAGGAUUUAGAAUCAGCAGUAGCUGCCAGCAUGGCCGGAGGUGGUGGUGGUGGUGGUGUUACUAGUGGCAAUACAACCCCUACCCCAUCGACAUCUGCUGCAGCUGCGGCAGCGGCAGCGGCAGCUUCCGCCAAUGAAGAGCAUCGACGUUCAUCCAGCCGUUUGAAACGACCACGAACGGUCACUGAUCAUUCACUAAAUGAACAGCCGCCUGAAAAGCGACGCGAAUUGCGCUCAACACGCCAUACACGCCAAUCGAGCGGCAGCCUGGAAGCAACAUUGAAUUUGUCUACAAAUAGCGAGGCGGAGGAAAAAAAUGAAUGAGUACUGCGACGUACUACGCGACUGAUGACAAAUAAAUAGAACAAAGCGCGCAAGUAGCGAACGAGUAAAAACAAAUAAUAUGGAAUGUGAAUAGAAAGUAUGAAUUUAUUGUAUGUAGAGUAAUGCAAGGAUUAAGUGAAAUUGGGGAGUGUGGGAGAGGAGUGGAUACCAAGGCGUAAAAUACUAGUAUUAGCAAAGCAAAAAUCAUAAAACUUCAAUCGCAGCCCAUAAAUGUUGUGGUUGUAACAGCUAACAGAUCCAUAAAUACUUUGAUAUACUGUUGUAAAAUCAGACAUCUUCUCCAUUUAAAAGGUUAAGUGAACUUACUGCACAAUUUUAUUGUGUUCCUGCGGAGAUAACCUCAAAGAUUACAAGGUUUGCCAGUCCAAAACAAAAUUGUGAGACUAACUUGGGCUACCAUGUCAUAGAGGAUUUGGCAGCAGAAUUGUGGCCGCUCAUUUCAUAAGUAAUCUUACGAGCUUCCAAUGAGUUGGUGCGCUGGUUUUUUUCUUAUAUCAUCAACACAAUCUCAGUUUUGUCAUAAAGAAAUCAUUGCCACAUCCCCUGUUACGACAGCAAAUCAGCUGAUUCCCCUAAAAUCACUAAGAUCAGGCUAACAGUGUGAUGUUCACUACACCUAAAUUCUGCACCAUGCUCCUAAACACUAUUCAAUGAGAAGGUUCUAUGAGAAAGUGCGUCGACCUUGAAAGCGCAAAAUGGCAACUGCUGCAACCGUCGUUUUGUUGCUUCACAGCCAAAACACUUCUCUAUAAUUUGUACUCGAGCACUUGUCAUUCACGCUGCUGCUGCAUUUUCAUUUGACAAGUUGCAGAGCUUGUAGCAAUUUCGCAAACAUACUUCUCUCCUUCCAUUUAUAUAAUGGUUUUGUAUUGAUCUUCUGCAAUAUAAUGAAAUUUGAUUGGCUAAGCAGAAAGGAAAAGUAAAUAUAUUAUGAAAAGCGCUUAUAAUUAUAAACAGAUUAUAAUAAAUGAAGAGUUAUUACUAUAAAUUAUUGCUAAAACAAAAAAGUAAAAAAUACAGAAAAAAUAAAUAACCAAGUUAGCUCGUAACGACAAUUUAAUUUAAUUGGAUUGCUUAAUAAUUUACCUAAAAAAGUAAAAUGCACAAGUAAAUCUACAAACGGCAACGAUAAAUUUUGAGCUUAUGACGUUUAUUAUAAUGCUGAUAAUGAUCGUUGUAAUAUAUAAUGAUAAUGGUAGUAUUGUAAUGUACUGGUAAGCGUAAUACUCGAAAACGCUUGCAGAAUUCAAAUGAGAAAACAAAAAGCGUAUAUAAUUGAAUAGGCAACUUAUAUAUAGAUAUAUUUUCUUAAACGUGUGUAUUUUAUAAAUUAUAUUUUUUUUUUGAUAUUCAUCUAAUUACACGUAUGAUUAUAUUAUGCUAAUUAUUACAGUUUGUAGUUGUAACGAGAAAAGUAAUAAAAAAUUAAUGCAAAUUCAGGCAAAUUAAGAAUA